UAUUAAAUCUAAGUGCCAAUUUUAUUACGUAAUAAUAACAUUCAUUAAAUUUUUUGGAAGGCGGCUAUUAUUUAAUUUAUGCUUUAAAAGUAGUUUUCUUUUGCAUUAUUUUCAUUACAGGAGUUUAAGAUGGGAUUUGCGCCCAAUUUAAAACAAAUAGAACAAAGACCUUUGCAUGGCACGACGGUGUCCAUCCACGGCUUUCACGAAAUACCGCCGCGUAAAAAAUGGAAUAUAUCUACAAUUUGUUUUCUUAUUGCAGCUAUUGCUGUUACAAAGUUGAAAGUAUGAUUUAAUUUAUCGAUCUGCGCGCGUUUACUAAUCAAGAUAAUUUUGUUUCACAAUGUUUCUUUUAUAUUGACGCAAUCAGGUGUCGUUUUCGAUUAGAGACGAAGAACGGAAGAAGGUUGUUCUAAGAAUUGCGAAACCGCACAGUCCGGUUGAAGUCCUGAAAACAUUGUUUGGGAAAGAUAUGCCAUUGAAUAGAGUAUGGUCGAUAAAGUGCAGUCCCAAAUGCAGCGCGAAUUUUCAUGGUUACGUGGGAUUAUCCGACAGAAACGCGAUGCAGUGGAUUUUUUUAAAUCACAGGCCAAUCUGUUGCCCUCUUGUUCUGAAGUUAAUUAAGAUUGCCUUCAAAGAAAGGCUCAACUCGUUUUCUGAUCAGAAAUUCAACGCGCGUGAUUCGGGUGAAAAUAUAUUUAUCCUGUUUUUUCUUACGUUCUCAGAGAAAGAAUUCACGUUUGUUACCGAAAAUGGAAAAAGAUGCAUCAUGUUUUAUAAUAUGCAGAAGAUAUUAAAUGCCAUUAAAAAUUGCAUCUUUAAAUGUCUCGCGGAAGAAGCUACAGUUUCCUCCAUUAUCCCUUAUUUAUAUAAAACACAAUUGUUAAAACAAAUAUAUUUAAAAAGAGAAAAAUCUGUUUUUAGCAACGAUAUCAAUAAACAUCAAAAUAUUACAUCUUCGAUGAUAGAAAAAAAAAUCGUUUUGAUUGGCUUUAAAAGAAAAAGAACUACGUCAACUAAUUAUCUCAACAAACAAUGUAAAAUAAAUGAUAAUAUUGAAACCGUCAAGCAUUAUGUAAGUAAAAGACAUAAUGCAUUGACUAACAUUCAUUGCCAGACAGACGUUACUGCUACGAAACGUACGAAUUUGUGUGUAGAUAAAGAUAUAAAGACAAUACACAGCAUUGAUAAAAUGCAAGAAAGUUCCAUGAAUCUAGAUAUAACAGAUGAUUCUGGUAAAUCUAAUAAGGUUCUCAAUUGUCAUGAAAACAAUAAUUUAGUAAACACGAUUUCGCCUCUUUCUGAAUGGUCGAAUUGGACUUAUUAUACAAAUAAUAAAAAACACGAUUUUACAAGAAAUAUGAAUAAUAUAUUUCGUAAAAAUGAGAUACCUCACUUUGAUUUUUUGCCGCGAAAAUUGUACGGUUUUUUACAGCAUCGUUACGUUAAAUUGACAAAUUUGAAAUCUUUGAACAGUCCCAACGAUACAAUUUUGUUCACAGAAAACUGGCAACAUGAACAAACAACGGUGCAUCCUUGUAAGUUAAAGCAAAAAUUAUGCGAAUUUAAAUUAUCACGAGAAUCAUUAAAGUGCAUAAAAAUUAUAAAUCAAGUUAAUAAUGAAUUUAUUGCCGCAUGGAUGACGUACAAUGACAAGAAAAUUUUAUUAAUGAUCGAUCAACAUGCUGUCCAUGAAAGAAUACGUUAUGAAAAAUUGCUUCUUAGUCACAAGGUGCAGAACGAGAGUGAGUUACUUUCUUUUAAUUUGCGUGAUCCUUUAUCCAUGGAAUUUCCUACAGAAAUAUGCAAUUUACUCCUACGUAAUAAAAUAUCAUUGAUGAAAUACGGAAUAAGUUUGGGAUCAUUAAAGGAAAACACACUAUUAAUACGCACAAUACCACAAUGUUUAGUUACGAAUAGUGAUCCCUAUAAUAAUAAAAAAAUACUGCCAAAAAUUCAUAGUUUGUUGAACGACGUGCUAAAGAAUCGUAAUGUAAUGAGUCAAACAAACACAUUACCAUUGACUAUUCAUAAUGCUAUAGCUUCGGGGGCUUGUCAUGGUACAAUGCUCAUAUUUCAUUGUAACAUAAGUGUUAUGGAUGAAUGUAUUAUAUGUUUACGUAUAUAA